AUUAGUCCCAAAGAGAGCAAAACGAAAAUGCAGCAGCAAGGAAGUAAGAGUGGAUCUGAGAUGGAGGUGACAUGGGAGGACCAGCAGAACAUCAAUACCUUCAGCCGUCUCAACAACAGAUUCCACGAUCUCGAUGAUGAAAUCAAAUCCGCCAAGGAAAAGUGUGAAAAUCUAGAGGAUGCAGGGAACGAGUUGAUCCUUGCUGAUGAGGAGAUGGUGCGGUUUCAAAUCGGAGAAGUAUUUGCUCAUGUGCCGAGGGACGAUGUAGAAACAAAGAUAGAAGAGAUGAAAGAGGCGACUUGCAAAAGCCUUGAGAAGCUUGAGGAAGAGAAGAAAUCUAUUGUAACACAAAUGGCUGCGUUGAAGAAGGUAUUGUAUGCUAAGUUCAAAGAUUCUAUCAAUCUCGAAGAAGAUUAGUUAUUUCCAACUUGUUUUUUCUUCUAUUGCAUUAUUCAGUUGAUGAUUGUACCGAGUGUCGUAGACCAAAGGAUUCUUAAAAUUUAUUUACUGGUUUUGUUCGCUAUGGAAUUUCUUUCAUCUGGUUAAUGCAUAAAUUUCUUUUCUAUUU